AUGACCAUGACUACUAUGCCAGAAAGUCUUAACAGCCCGGUGUCAGGGAAGGCGGUGUUCAUGGAGUUCGGGCCGCCGAACCAGCAGAUGCCUCCGUCCCCCAUGUCCCAUGGACACUACUCCAUGCACUGCCUGCACUCCCAGCACGACAGUUCGUACAGCGGCGCCUCGUCCUUCUCCAGACCGCUGGCUUACCCCUAUGUGAACUCGGUGAGCAGCCAUACUUCUAAUCCCUACAUCAGUACCGUGCAGCCCUACCCCAACAGCUCCAGCCUCAGCCAGAGCCGCUUAGAGGAGCCAGGAGCGGACACGGAGAAGAGCACGGUGGUGGAAGGUGGAGAGGUGCGCUUUAAUGGCAAAGGGAAGAAGAUUCGGAAACCAAGGACGAUAUAUUCCAGUCUGCAGCUGCAGGCAUUAAAUAGGCGCUUCCAGCAGACCCAAUACCUGGCACUGCCCGAGAGAGCCGAGCUGGCAGCCUCCUUGGGACUUACCCAGACACAGGUAAAGAUCUGGUUCCAGAACAAAAGGUCUAAAUUCAAGAAACUGAUGAAGCAAGGGGGGUCAGCACUGGAAAGCAGUGCCCUGGCUAAUGGUAGGUCACUUUCUGCCGGUUCCCCCCCAGUGCCCCCGGUAUGGAAUAGCUCCAGUUCUUCUGGGAAGGCCACCUCUGGGACAGCUUACAUUCCAAGCUACACCUCUUGGUACCCAUCAGCCCACCAAGAAGCUAUGCAGCAGCCUCAGCUGAUGUGA